AUGGAGGGCGGCGUGCUGGGGUCCCGGAGCGAGGCGGCGGUUGUCUCCGUCGCCGGCGCGGCGUCUGUGGAAGGGGAGGAGGCAGGGGAGGAGGCGGUGCCACCGGGCUUGGAGGCGACGCGGCCGCACUUCUCCCCGUUCGAGGGGGCGGAGGCCCGGGACGAGGGCGGGGGGGACUGGAGCUUCAUUGACUGUGAGAUGGAGGAGAUCGACCUGCAGGACCUGCCCAGCGCCAUCAUCGCCUGCCACCUGGACCCGCGCGUCUUUGCGGACAGCCUGUGCCGGACCAAAUUUGAAUCUCUCUUUAGAGCAUAUGACAAGGAUAUUACCUUCCAGUAUUUUAAGAGCUUCAAACGAGUACGAAUAAACUUCAGUAACCCGUUGUCUGCAGCAGAUGCCCGACUACAACUUCAUAAGAGCGAGUUUCUGGGGAAGGAAAUGAAAUUAUAUUUUGCUCAGACUUUGCACAUAGGAAGCUCCCACCUGGCUCCACCUAAUCCAGACAAACAGUUUUUGAUUUCUCCUCCUGCCUCUCCCCCUGUUGGCUGGAAACAAGUGGAAGAUGCUACUCCAGUCAUUAAUUAUGAUCUUUUAUACGCUAUCUCCAAGCUAGGGCCAGGUGAAAAAUAUGAAUUGCAUGCAGCAACCGACACCACUCCCAGUGUGGUGGUCCAUGUAUGUGAGAGCGAUCAGGAAAAUGAAGAGGAUGAUGAGGCUGAAGGCAUGAAGAAACCCAAACCAAAAAUUAUUCAGACAAGAAGACCCGAGUACACACCUAUUCAUUUAAGCUGAACUGGCAUAAUGGCGUAGAUGAAUUCCAAACCACUGUUCAUUCAUAGGGAGUAAUCUUUUACUAUGGAAAUGUCAGGUCUUGGUUUUUGUGGUGGCAACAAAGACGGGUAGCUGUGGCCAGAUUUCCAGUUCAUGUUGCUCAGAAAAGAAUCAAGGAGCUACCUGUCUCCUUGUUCUCAGUGCUGCACAUCAGUUAGUGUUCAUGGAGCCCUAGAAAGGCCUUAUGCCCAUCACUGAGUUAAUGAUGAUCAGACAUUUGGGAAAGAAUUGAAAAAGCCAAUAAGUGACACUUGUACUCGUUCUUUUCAGGUGGGCUGUUUUGGUUUUGUUUUGUUUUUGUUUUGUUUCAGAGAAAAGAUGAUCACAGGUAUGGGGAGAGCCUUAUGUUACUACACAAUCUACAAUGAUAGAAGUCAUCAUCUGGUGGGCUACAGUCAUUGUGUGGAAUACAUAGUACAGUAGCACUGUUUAAAAAAAAAACAUACAAUGUGGGAAUUUUGAAAUGUUUUCUUUUUCCUUAUGUUUUCUUAUUUUGUGUAUGUGUAGUUACUGAUUUUCCAAACUAACUUUUGUGUCAGUCUCUUAUUGAGUUUCUUUGUUGUUUUACAUUUUGAGAAAGCCUUUAAUAUUUAUUGCCCUUCCAGAUCCUAGUCCUUUGUUUUUGGUGAAACUCAAUUUACAGUUGGAAUGCAUUCACUGACAUCUUACGUGAUGCCAUAUGUAACUGUGCUUUCCAAAAGAAAUUGAUCUGGAUUUUAACAUUCAUAUGUGGGAUUUAGCCUGAAGAAUUAAAAAAAUAGCAUUUUUAUUGCACAAUUUAGCAAGUGGGUAGUCUUAGUUUAGGUGUUUUUUUGUUGGGAUUAGGGUUUAUUUAAUGUUUGUUAAAAUAUGAAUGCUAGCUGUAGGCUUACUUGGGGAAUAUUGGCGCAAAUAUUUUGAUUUUUUUUCCACUGAAAUAUGAAAAUAAACUUAAACUUGUAAAUAAAGCUGUUAAAGUAUAUUCAUAGCUGUGUAUAGCUGGGUGAAAGUAUGACAAUGAAAGACUAUUGCAAAGCAUAAUUACUUGUGUAUCUGUAUGUUGUAGAAGAUGCUGUUAAAACAUUUUUAACAGAGUUUGGGUUCCAAGCAUGUGAAGUGGAUAGUAAAUGUGUGAUUAUAGAAGAGGAAUGCAGUGCCUUUCCCCAAAUUUCAAGUGGAAUUCUACUAUCUAUAUGUGUUGGGUUUUUUCCUAAUUGCAAUGUGUAUGUCCAGUAAAUAAGUAUUACGUUUUGGAUUUACAAUGCCAUAGCAAAGUGUUUCAUGUUGAAGUACUUAAUGCCAAAUAACAAUGCAUGCCUCAGAAAUUUGAAAUAUGGUUUCCCUGAAGGAACAGUUAAGUUUGGAAGCUAUUCUUUAGUUACUCUGAUCAAGAAUGUAGUCGAAUGCUCUCAGAAUUCUGUUUACAACACACCAGGAGGAAAAAAAACACCGUUAUGUAGCUGUCCAAGUGUUUCCAGUUAUGUGGUUUUUAAUUGGAGAACCUAACCUUGAAACAUCAUUUUUUUAAACUGCAUUCUAUAAUAAAUUGGCACAAUAUGCUCUUUGUGCAAACGAUU